UUUGUUUAUAGGGAAGGCCUAUUAUAUGUCUAUUCGCGUGUGUCAGCUGCAAAAAAUCACGUUUGUCCAAGAUCCAAACAAUAAUAAAAAUAUUUGAAUAUUUCUCCAAAAUAUUUUACCUUCCUGUUCCUCAAAAGUGUAUCAAAUAGAGAGUCCAACCUCAGUAAACGUUUACAGUUGAAUUUGUGAAAAAUUUGGGAAGAAUGUCGUAUUUUACACGAAAAGAUCUCACGGAUGUCCAGUCAGAUCUCGAGAGGAUGGUAUCAAAUGCCCUGGGAGCACCGAAUUCGAAUGUGCUGCAGAUUGUUCAGUCUUCCCUCUACAGUGGCUACGAUCGACGGCGAAUUAGUGAGAAACUGGCUACUGCGAUCGACAGUAAAAGUUCAAGUAGGUUACUGGAGAAGCUGGAUAGUUGGUUGAUAAACUACCAGAACAGCCAGAAGCUUCGGAAACGCCAUCACGAGGGGGAGGAUGCUAAGGAGAGAGACAUGAAAAAAGGCCGAAUGAAUACAACGGAAUCCUAUCAGCGCCCUGAGGUUAGAUCCGAUGCUGAAAUGCCCAGAAGUGAGACAAAUAGCACCAAAUUAACAUCGGAUCGGAUACAGCAGAUGAUGCUCAAUGCCCAGCGAGAAAUAGAGGAGCGAAAGAGAGCAUUGAAGAAUGUUACAAGUCACAAGGAUGUACCGGAUGCACCUCGGAAUGUCCUUCCUACAGAUGAUCCUUCCAGUGCCCAAUCGAACGUACUGCCCUCAAUGGGCAAUACCCCGGAAGAUAUUGAACGAGCGCGGAAGAUUGCAAAUUUGCAGGCUCAAAUUAAAGCCAAACUCUCUGGGUCCCUGGCAAAGAUUAUUACGCCAUUGAGCGAGAGACCGAAACCCCUGAUUUUGGAUUCUGAAGGUCGGACGGUAGAUAAAAGUGGACGGGAAGUGAAUAUACCAACUCUAGCGCCCACCCUCAAAGCCAAUAUUCGUGCCAAGAAGAGGGAAGUGUUCAACAAAGCUCAACUCAAUGAUCGACAAAUUGAUGAGAGUCAGGAAACGACAUUUUUCGACGAUCGCAUCAAUUUGAAGGCGCCCGUGAGGACAAAGCGAGCCCUGCGCUUCCAUGAACCAGGAAAAUUUCAGCAGAUGGCCGAGAAAAUGCGAAUGAAGAAGCAAUUGGAAAAAUUGCAGAAUGAAAUUAGUCAAAUUGCCCGGCGAACGGGCAUCAGUUCAGCCACAAAACUGGCCCUAAUCGCUCCGAAGCAGGACAAUUACUCAGAUGAUGUACCUCAUAUGGAAUGGUGGGACUCUGUGAUCCUCGCUGAUGAUCUGCACACAUUGAAGGACGGAAAGAUCUCCAUUAGGGAUUCGGCUAUUACCAAUCUCAUUGAACAUCCAACUCAAAUGAAACCUCCAAGUGAACCCCUUAAACCCAUCUAUAUGCCCGUUUUCUUGACCAAGAAGGAGCAAAAGAAGUUGCGUCGUCAGAAUCGCCGUGAGGCUUGGAAGGAGGAACAAGAGAAGAUUCGUUUGGGUUUGAGUGCUCCGCCAGAACCAAAGUUGCGUAUCUCAAAUUUAAUGCGUGUCCUGGGAACAGAAGCUGUUCAGGAUCCUACAAAAAUUGAGUCUCAUGUGCGUGAGCAAAUGGCAAAGCGACAGAAGGCUCACGAAGAAGCCAAUGCAGCACGUAAGUUAACCGUUGAGCAGAAGCGCGAGAAGAAGAUUCGGAAGAUUAAGGAAGACACGAGCCUUGGUGUCCAUGUUGCUGUCUACCGGGUGAAGGAUCUCCAUGAUAAUUUGAGUAAGAAGUUUAAAGUGGAAACUAAUGCUAAGCAAUUGCAUAUGACUGGAGCCAUUGCACUAUUUCGAGAUUGUUGCGUGGUAGUGAUUGAGGGAGGACCGAAGCAGCAGAAGAAGUUCAAACGGUUGAUGCUGAAUCGGAUAAAGUGGGAGGAGGAUAUGGUGAAGAAUGCAGAUGGGAAUGAGGUGCCCAAUAAGUGUUGUCUGGUGUGGGAAGGGACGAGUCAGAGGAGACAUUUUGGUGAAGUUAAAUUUAAGAAUUUCCCAAUGGAAAAAAUGGCCAGAGAAUUCUUUCAGAAACAUUUAGUGGAGCAAUAUUGGGAUUUGGCUUAUUCUGGGGCUGUUUUAGAAGCAUCCGAAGAUACAUGAUAGGCUUAAAAAGUGCAUCAAAAGCAGUGACGUAGUGAAGAGGUAUUGUAAGUUUUGAUUGAACAAUAAAUUAGAUAUUUACUUUCGAAUAAA